AGUCUAACCCCCUCAAGAAAGCCAAGGCGAGACGGACGACUUAAGAGCAAAUCCCUCACGGUCGUUUGACACCAUAUUUUGUAACUUUCCUCAACAGCAACAAAUGUCCACUUGGAAUUUGGAAAAAACUUUGAUUUUUCCAAUCCCUGCUAAUUAUUAUUAACAAAAUACUAUCUAUACAUGCAUAAAAAACCGAAAUCCUCAGGAUCUCAUUUCAUCUUCAAUCUGUUCUAGUGCCCAGAGCUUCCACAAGAUGAUUGUUUUAUAACAAAACUUGAGCUUACCCACUUCAUAUUUUCAACCUUCUUUUCUGGGGGUUUUUGGCUGGCGCUUGGCUUAAUGGGUUGGAAAUAUAAUGCUGGUUUGGGGUUGAUUGUCACUGUCGUGUUCAUAUGGGUUGCCUCUGCAGAGAUCACUCAGAGAAUUUUCGCAGACUAUAAACAUCCAUUUGCACUCACUUAUUUGGGGGUGUCUCUUAUGGUAAUCUAUCUACCCAUUGCUGCUCUUAAAGACUGGAUCUGCAGCUUAGUGAACGCAAAUUCAUAUAAGAACCUUUGCAAUGACGCGAAAGUUAUGAGCACUUCAACCGGACUUGAUAUCCCUCUUAUAAUUAGUGAAAUGCACCACAGACCGGUACCCAGAAAUGGCCUCGUUACUGACUGUGAUCUUAGUGAAAGGGAAGAGGGCCAGCCUUUGACAGCUAAGAAUGAGCAAGAUGAGCCUCACUUGCUCGAACAAAGCUGUGAACUCAGUUCAUGGGAUAUUGCUAAGUGUAGCUUUUAUCUCACUCCGAUAUGGUUUGUAACAGAGUAUUUAUCGAACUCUGCACUGGCAAAUACUAGUGUUGCAAGUACUACUGUUCUGACUUCAACAUCAGGGCUGUUCACACUUUUCUUUGGAGCUCUUCUUGGCCAGGACUCAAUAAACCUCACGAAGAUUGUUGCUGUUUUUAUCAGCAUGACUGGUGUUGCCAUGACCACAUUUGGAAAAACCUGGACACCUAGUGAAUUGAUGAGCAUCUCUGAAACUGGAAAGCACUCUAUCACAGGGGACAUUUUUGGUCUUCUCUCAGCAUUAUCAUAUGGUUUAUUUACAGUGCUGCUGAAGAAAUCUUCUGGAUCAGAAGGAGACAAGGUUGAUGUUCAAAAGUUCUUUGGAUACAUUGGUCUCUUCUCUCUCCUAGGUCUUUGGUGGCUUGUGUGGCCACUCAAUGCUGUGGGGAUUGAACCUCGAUUUAAAUUUCCACAUUCAACAUCUGUUGGCGAAGUCCUGCUGUUAAAUGGCUUUGUGGGAAGUGUUCUGUCAGAUUAUUUUUGGGCCCUUUCUGUUGUUUGGACGACUCCAUUGGUUGCAACGUUAGGCAUGUCUUUGACAAUUCCUCUCGCAAUGGCAGCUGACAUGGUAUUACAUGGUCGCCACUACUCUGCAAUCUACGUUAUUGGAUGCAUUCAGGUAUUUGCUGGAUUUGUCGUGGCAAACCUUUCAGACAAGUUUUCAAGGAAAGAAGAGUCAUAGCAGCCAUGUACAGAUUUCGGAAAAGCAGAUAAUUGUAUAUAGACUUUAAACACUUGAAGAACUGUCCACGUAACUGUCCACCUUUUGACUCUUGCUGUAAUGCGACAAUUUUCUUGUGCAAUUUGAGAUCAGAGUAGCAUGUUGUCUCCAGAAAUGAAAUGCUUAUAUAUCUAUAUAUCUAUAUAUAUAUAUAUUUGGUCUGUACACUAUUAUGAAAAAAGCUACUCGCACCCGGGGUUGGGGAACCCCUGCGUACAUGUCCAUCCAUGUGUAAAACUAAAAUGGGGCGUUUCGUUUAGUGCUGGCUUACACACUACAUGGGUUGGUUGAAUUACAUUUGAGAAACAAACUCACGGCUUCGGGAACAAGCUUCCCCAGCCCAGAACACGAAGAUCAUGUUCUUCACUGCAGAUAUCUUCUUCUUCUCACUGCUUUGCAUCUUCUUCUCAUAUUCUUCCCAUCUUCAUCUUCUCAUCCGAAAUGCAACACUCCAUUUCGUUUCCCCACGGAACAUAUUUGGGUUCGAGAUCAAGCUUCGCCACAGACGAGACCGAAGACAAAACACGAAGAGGAAUUCUUCAUCUACUGGUUCGCAUCUUCUAACUCAUCUUCUAGAAGGAAGGAGAAUGCAGCUGCUGCUCUUUUACAUCUUUGUACAACUAGUAGUAGAUUUCACAGUAUGGUGCUCCAAGAAGGAGCUGUCCCGCCCCUGGUGGCAUUGUCAGUCAGGCACCCCUGGGGCCAAAGAAAAGGCUCAAGCGCUUCUUUGCCACUUUUCAAACCACAGACAUGGUAAUGUCGGGAGGGGCUGAUUUUGGAAGCACAGCCUUUGGUUUCGUGCCAAGGUUUUAAGUCAAGUUGUAAGGAUAGUGUGUAAAUCUGACGAUGCAAAUAAUGCAUGUGAAGGUGUUGUUGCUUGGAUUUUACUUGAUUGUAGAGGGAACAAAAAAAAAAAAAAAAAAAAAAAAAAGUGAUUUAUGAAGGAUUUGAUUGAGUCCUCUUGUGACGUACAUCAACUUAGUGAAUGUGGGAAGAAAAUUUCGUACAUGCGAGAGUCUAUUUGCAGUGACGAUUAAUGGGCAAUGACAUACAACUUAUCAGUUUUA